GCACCACUCAGAGCGCGACAAGCUGGACACACAAAAAGCAGGCUGGAUAGAGAAGACGUGAAGCAGUGAAAGCGUGCGUGCAGACAUGACUACAUCCACCAGCAAGAUCCAGGAGACCUACAAGCAACAGGGCUUUCUCUCAGGCCUUCCUGUGCUGACUGAGACCGAGCUGAGGGAGGCCACGCUCGCCUUUUCACAGCUGGAGAAAGAAUUUGGGGAAGACUACACAAAGUACAGCCUCCAUAAUGUUCACCUUCAAACUCCUUGGAUAAUGGGCCUAACCCAACACCCCCGCAUCUUGCAAGUGGUCAAAGCCAUUGUGGGCCCUGACGUCAUCCUGCUGGACUCCCGCUUCAUCUGCAAAUAUCCAACACUCACACCUGGCAGCCCCCAGGGCCAAGAGGUUGAGAAGGUGGAAACUAAAGCUGAUGUUGUACUGCCGUAUGUGGCCUGGCAUCAGGAUAUGAGGUAUUGGGGUAUUGCUGGUGGGCCCGUCCUGUCUGUAUGGCUGGCUCUCGAUGACUCGGUGAAAGAGAACGGAGCCCUUCGGGUUAUACCAGGAAGCCACAAUUCUGGCAUGUUGCCCCAUCGCCAGGCCAUAAGGCCCGGAAACAUGCUGACAGUCAACCAGGAGAUUCCAGAGGAGUUGGUUCAAAGUGAGGAGGCGGUGCUUUGUCCCCUCUUGGCUGGGCAGAUGUCUAUCCAUGAUGGUCUGCUGGUGCAUGCCAGUGAUGCCAACACAUCCCAGAAGAGGCGUUGUGGAUUUGUGAUUCGUUACGUUCCCACCUAUGCUUACCCCACAGAGGAUCCCGACCGUCCCAGGAAAUUCCAUGCGACAAAGUUAGUUUGUGGAACAGACCAGUUCAAACACUUCUCAAAAUAAAGGCAAUAAAAUUGUUUGUUUUUUUCUUUCUAACAUUAACUAGUCAUUUUUGUAUUUGUAUGACUAAGAUAUUUGAGCU